AUGAAUUGCAUGUCCAACCUGUUCGCGUUGCCGAAGUGCGUGCUAUCGAGUGUGGACCUGAUGGCGGCGACCGUCAUCCUACUGGUGAUCGUGCCCCUCUGGCUGGCCGGUCGCUUCCUGAAGAGCGUGAGCCUGUUGUUGGGGUUCCCCCUGACGCUGCUGCUCGUGCCGACCCUCAUCAGGACAAGGCUCCAGCCGAAGUUGUCCACGCCACCGCUCCUUCACGUACCUGAAGAUGCUGCCGACGUGGGCGCACAUCCUCGUGUCCAUGUCCUUCCUGGCCCGCACGGCGCCGCCGCUGAUGUUACAGAAGCAGAACGCCGCUUGGCCGUCCUGCUGGCCGACUCGGAGCAGAUCACCAACCACACCAUGUAA